AUGGAUACCAGCUACGUUGGCUCAGAUGAUGAAUAUCCUCCUGUGAAAAUCGUUUAUCCAACACUCGAGACCGUGGACGAUAGUAUUGGUGGACAGCCAGGCGCACAAACUUUGUUUUGCACUCGAGCCAUGUGGAUAAAGGAUGACUACCCAAAGCAUCUUUUUGUGAAUUCAAAGUCAAAAAGAACAGGCUUGAUCAUGCACGUCAAGAUGAUCCUUGGACUCUUUAGAGAUUUGGGAAAAUCAGGUCUGCAAAAAGGAAACGUGAAAGCAAGCGCGGAACCGAGUUCUUCAAAGAAUAAAAUUAAUGAUUCUGACUCUUCAAAUUUCAUCGAUACCCGCGCCAAAGGUUUCCUCUAUGUUGGAUCUCAUAAUUUUACUCCUGCAGCUUGGGGUAGACUAGUUGCAUCGACGUCUUCCUCAAAACGCAAGUCAAAGUCUGGUGAUAACAUUCAAGCGAGCAAAUUGGAAAUCUCGAAUUGGGAAUUGGGCGUCGUAAUGCCAUUAUCAUCUGACGAGGAAGUGAAGUCUUUGCCCACCUGGGAAAGACCAGCGAAGAGAUACAGUGACGGAAAAACUAAGAAUAGUAAGAUCCCAUGGUACGCAAAUCCUCCUCCAAAGCUAGCUUUUGAGGACUCUCUAAUCGAUUUUUUUACUCUGGAUGCAUAUUCAUUACAUAAUCGUCACAGGAUGCAGUAUUCUUACCCAGUCACUUGA